CGUGCUGACGUCAGCGGCCGUGCGUCAGUGGCUGUGGAGGAAUGUGCGGAAACUUGUGGACUUUUCUUUAUGCGCUGUUCGUCGAAGAAAAAGUCCCAACGGAGGAAAAAAGUGACAGAAAGUGGAGCGAAGUUUGGACCCGAAGAGUCGUCGACAGCGUCCCGCAGUGAAGAGCUGAAUCAACAUGGCGGCUCAGACGAUGUUCUCGGUGGAGAUGUUUCCUGUCGGCGUGUCGAUGAUGGAGGACGGUCAGAGUCUCAGCGAUAUGCCCAGGAACACGCUGCCCGCCCCUCAGCUGGUGAUGCUGGCCAACGUGGCGGCGGUGACGGCAGCGGAGGGCGCCGGCGCCGAUGGCAGUGCAGCGGACGAGAAGGAGAUGAUGGAACUGAAGACAGUUGGAUGCAGCUACUCGGACAGCGAGGACGAGAACAUCAUCAGGUACAGCUACGACAACCAGAACCACAGAGAGGUCUGUAUCAUUGAGUACCCAGAGUCCCCGGGUCCGAGCAUCGUCGCCGUGGUCGUGGGAAACAACGGGGAGGAGGACGGGGUCAAAGCUGAAGACCUGUCCCGGCGUACUGAGCCCCGCCCCUCCGUCAGCACCAAAACACCGGAGCAGGGCGCCAAACGUAAGGACGCCCCCGCCCCCGCCCCCGCAACUGCCCCCGCUCCCGCUGAGAUAAACAAGAAGAAGAAGCCGUUCCACUGUAAGCCGUGUCACUUCCAGGCUCAGAACGAGCAGGAGUUCGUGGAGCACCUUGGCACUCACGGCAUCAGCAAGAUGAUGGUGGUGAACCGCGUGGAGGGCAGGAGCAAGACCAGGUCCAAGGAGGCGGAGACGGCUGAGGCUCAGGUGCCGCUGGGAGGGGAGACGGAGAGCGGUGGUGAGGCGGCGGCAGGUGACAUCAAAGGGCUGAUUAGAUGUGAACGUUGCGGCUACAACACCAACAGAUACGACCAUUACAUCGCUCACCUGAAGCACCACAGCAAGGAGGGCGAGGACCACAGGGUGUUUAAGUGCACUCUGUGUCCGUACACUACAGUCAGUCAGUACCACUGGAGGAAACACCUGAGGAAUCACUUCCCCAGCAAACUGCACACCUGCAGCCAGUGUUCCUACUUCUCUGACCGCAAGAGCAACUACAUCCAACACAUCAGGACGCACACAGGUGUUCGUCCGUUCCAGUGUCCGUACUGCGACUACUCCAGCUCUCAGAAGACCCACCUGACCCGACACAUGAGGACUCACUCUGGUGAGCGUCCGUUCAAGUGCGAGAGCUGUAACUACCUGGCAGCCAACCAGCACGAGGUGACACGCCACGCCCGGCAGGUCCACAACGGCCCCAAACCUCUCUCCUGCCCCUACUGCGAGUACAAGACCGCUGACCGCAGCAACUUCAAGAAGCACGUGGAGCUCCACCUUAACCCUCGCCAGUUCCUCUGCCCUCUUUGCAAGUAUGCAGCCUCCAAGAAGUGCAACCUGCAGUACCAUAUCAAGUCCAGGCACUCCGGCUGCAACGUCGCCGUGGACAUCUCCAAGGUCAAACUGCGCGUUAAAAAACCCGGUGCCGAGGAGACCUCCAGAGCAAACAAGUUUGACAAUUCAUCCAGCGUUGAGGAGGACUUCGACAUGGACGAGGAUGACGGGGACGAGGACGGGAGUGUGGAGUCGAGCCCGAUCAAUCUGUCAAUCAGAAAGAGCAGCCGACCCGGCAUCGGGCAACUGGUGCAGAGUGACGCACCGGACAAGAAGAAAUCCAACGUCACUUCUGAGAAACUCCAAAAAGCGAAGGACAAGGUGGAACCGGAGAAAAUGGUCACAACCAGACAGAAGAAGAUCGACAGGGUCAACAAGGCUCUUCUGGAGGACAAAUCUGUUAAAGAAACCCAGAUGGUCACAACAACAGCUGCUGGAAAUACAGACAACAAGACAAAGAGACGAGUCAAGAAGCUGCAGACAGAGAAAGCGACUGUCCACAAUCCAGCCGAAGAAACAGCAUCAGAAAAAGACCAAACACAGAAACCUGACCAGCAGAUAUUGGAGGAGGUAGUGAGGCCCAACAAGGAGAAAGAUCGUCAGAAGAAUGACAGCGGUGCAAAAGAGAACAAAAGCCUGCACAAGCCAAGGAAGUCUGGAUCAAAGAAGUCAGAAAAAAUCCCAGAAGAAGAUCAGCAGAAACCAGACAGUCAAAAGGAGAAGGCAGUGAAGGAGAAGGCUGCAAAGAGGAAGGCAGUGGAGGCUCUCGAUCUUUCCAAAAAGUCCUCGUCUGAGACUCCAGCCAAGUCCAGACGGCUGAAAGCAGCAGAGAAACCGGUUCCAGAAGAUGCGAAGAAGAUAAAUGAUGCCCCUCCUGCAAUGCAGAAGACUCCUGUGAAGCAGAAGAAGUCCAGGAACACCAGCAAGAAAUCCCCAGUCCUCCAACAAACUGUGGAUCCACGUAAAGAUGAGACAAACAGUCCAUCCACAGAGGCUCCUGAAGCUUCUGCUCAGCCGGACAACCCAACACAAACCACAUACAACAGUCCUGCACAGAAGAACGCCUCCACAGGUGAAACAGCUUCAACAAUAUCAAACAAACCCCCAGAGAAGAUGGAGGUUGCACCCACCUGCAGUUCAGGUGAGGACACACCUUCUCCAGCUGAGAACCGCCCCGCUCCCACCUUCCUUAAACCCACAUCACCACCGUCUCUGGUGCUUCCGGGCCAGCGGAGCAAACCCGCUGAUCCAGAGGACGACGAGGGCAUCCACAGCAGCCACGAAGGGGGCAGCGACAUCAGCGACAGCGCCUCAGAGGGCAGUGACGACUCCGGCCUCAACGGCAACGGCGCCAGGUCGGGCAAGAUGGCCAAUGACCCCGAAACACCAACCGACGAGAUCCCGACCCCAACGGAGCUCAAGAGUCACAUGUGCAUCUUCUGCGACCGUACGUUCCCUCUGGAAGUAGAGUACCGCCGCCACCUUAACCGCCAUCUCGUCAACGUCUACUACAUGGAAACCGCCAAAGGACAGAACUGAGGGUCAGUAACCAUGGCAACGCAUUCUGCAUGGACAGUUUGUUGUCAAAAUAUCAGUUUGUCCCAGUUAGCUUUCCGUUCUUGGUGUCUGUCUGUUUAAAACACGGUUCUAUAAACUCACUGUAGGCCUCAUUAAAAGGGUCCAAGCACCAGCAUCGUUCCCAAACCCAGUUUUAACAAUUGGUCUCUGUUGUGUCGGGUCAGAGACCAAACUGGGGUCUAAAUAGUCUCUGGAACCUAUUUGUUAGAAACCAGCAUUUUGGUCUCUCUACAGCUGUACAACUUACCCCUUUAAAUGAUAAUAAGGAUUAAAGUUUGGCAGAAUUAAGAGUGUUCUUCAGAAACCGACACUACGGACAUAUUUCCGUGUGUGCAGAUCCAGCUGUAGGUGGCGCUGUAACACGUUGUCCUGCUGGUAGGCAGACUUAAACUGUUUUUUCAUUUAAAAACUAAAACUUUGCUUUCUGUGGUCUCGUGCUGCCACCUAGUGUCCCUCCAGAGAACAGACUCUGGUUUGGGGUUGUGUUGGGUUCUUGGACCCCAGAUUCUGGUUCACUGUAGACCUUUACCCCCAAAUCAGCUCUGGUUCUUGAACUGGUUCCUCUCUAUAUGCUCUCAACCUUGGUUCUGAUGAACCAGCCCGAGUUUCUACCAGUUCAGUGGAACCACUGUAAUCAGAUGUUUCACCAGCAGAGGGCGCUGCACAGCGACCUGCAGAAUAAGACACACCCACUUUGGUUCCAGCUGGGAACCAACUUCACAGGUUCUGAACACUUGGUGCUUGAACUGGAACUGAGAACGUUCCCUGCUGGUGGAGGAGACCUGUCGUACCCUCAAAGUUCGGCUCUGUGAUCCACGUCUUCUAAAUCGAGAGCGUUUCAGAAGUACAGCAUCCUCGGAGCGUCCUCUGAGCGUCUUCCUGUCCGACGCUGACUUGAGCGUUAGAACCCUGAUGUCUGUGUGUUGGGAGUGGACGCUCGUAGGUGGAUGUUCAUUAUCACGUUAUCAUGUUAACGCUUCCUGUCUGUGUUUGGAUAAUGAACAGAAACUCACACAAACAAUAUUGUAAAAUCCUUCAGUGCCUUUGACAAUCAGUCUGUACAGAAACACUUUGUUAGGUUUUAGGUUGACGUUGGAGACGAGGGAGUCGGUGUGAACGCUGAGCUCUGAUUGGUUAACGGCGAGGCCCGAGGGGAAUUCUGUAAAUAAUUGUGUGCAAUAUUCCUUUAGUUGAGAAGCCAAAGUGAACUGUUGUUGUUUGUGUGUAAAGAACAUUUUCAGUUUAUGAGACAUCGUCAGACUUUAGAUGAAUUAUCGUUAGAGGAUCUUUAACAGCAGUAACUCCUCCCAGCAGUGUAAUCUAUUACUGUGUGUAUCUGUAAUUACUCUGCUCUCAUACAUUAAAGGAUAAAUCUAGUUUUAUCUUUUUAUUUCCAUCACAACUUCCUGUGUUCACUGAUUCAUUAAUGAAUCAUUAUGGUCCAAAGAAAACAAUGAAUUUAUAUUUCACAGAUAUGUCUGAAUAUUAAACAGCAGUGUGAUGUCAAUAAGGAUCAAUAACGCCGUCUUCACCCUUUAAAGGAGAGUUAUUAUUCUGUUUGCUGUUAUUAAUGAAACAGAAAUAUAAGUGUUUGUCAUUAACUAACAGUCGGUAUCAUUCUGUCUUCUGCUCUUUUUUAAAUAAAGGUUGUCACAAUCAA